AACCUCUGUGCUGGAUCUUUACACCUAUCAUGUCCGCUGAUAACACAGAGCAAAGCAGUGAGGCGUUUCGUGAGCUGGAAGUUGAGAACCUCACGUCUCAUACAAUCAAGCCAAAGAACCCUGCGUUUUCGGCGUCUUUACGAAGACAUUACACAUUUGCAAAGAGAAGGGCCUUUUCUACUUACGUAGAUUCAAAGAAGACCCCUGCGCCUAGAGAAGCAGCGUCUCCCAUCCACUGGUACUGCUGCGGACAGACGUUUGAGGAGCCGGUCUCCAUCCAUAAGCACGUCUCCAACACCCACAAUGCAGAAAUUCUGCAACACGCUGAAGCCCUUUUGGAACUGCUUCUGACAAGCAACGAGGAUGAGAUUCCAGUUCCACAGCACGAUGGUGAGAAAGAACCACCGGCUGUGUCUACCUGGAUACCAGACAUCAGUCAUGUCAGCGAAGAUGACCUUGUUAAGGGCCCAGGUGAAGUUCUUCUGUAUUAUUGCUACUGUCAGUUACCAGACCCCCAUCUUAUCUGUGCUUGGCAGAAAGCACUAUGUGAAAAGUUACACCUCACUGGCAAGGUUCGGGUGGCCACAGAGGGAAUUAAUGGAACGGUAGGAGGCACAAAAGUGGCCACAGCUUUAUAUGUGGAGGCAAUGCUUUCUCACCCAGUUUUCAGCGUAAUGGUGCAGGAAGACUUCAAGAGCAGCACAGGGGGUGCUGAGUGUUUCACUAACCUGAGGGUAGGAGUGUACAAAGAAAUAGUCCCAAUGGGAGUUGAUCCAGAUGUUGUCUCCUUCAGACAGGCUGGUAACCACUUGGAACCGGAGGAAUUUCACAAAGAAGUUGAAAAGCUAUUAUCAAAGGGUGAUUCAUGCAAGGAUACAAUACUGUUAGACUGCAGGAACUUCUACGAGAGUAAAAUAGGACACUUCACUAAAUGUUUGGCUCCUGACAUCCGAAAAUUCAGCUACUUCCCGGAUUAUGUGGAUAAGAACCUGGAGCUGUUUCGGAAUAAGAAAGUCCUCAUGUACUGCACUGGCGGCAUUCGCUGCGAACGAGGGUCUGCCUACCUCCGCUCAAAGGACAUUUGUAAGGAGGUGUAUCAGCUGAAAGGUGGCAUUCACAAGUACCUGGAGCGCUAUCCUGAUGGGUACUAUCGGGGGAAGCUUUUUGUGUUUGAUGAGCGAUAUGCAAUCUCCUUCAACAGUGACAUCAUCUCAGAGUGCAGGUACUGCGGCUCUCCCUGGGAUCAGUACCAGCUGUGCACCACGGACCGCUGCUGCCAGCUCGUCCUGUCGUGCUCAUCCUGCCGACAGCAAGGCCGCACCGCCUGCUGCCCCACCUGCCAACGCAAAGAGGAAGGGCCGGGAGAGAGUCCCCUUCCUCCGAUAAAGGAAGAGUGUGAAUGCACAGACACCAGGCCUCGAAUCCCCCAAGAUGCGCUCUGACAAUCCUGCCUUUUACACUUGAAACUAAAAUCGAGGAGGCCAGCGCAGAUUUCCCCCAAAUGCUUCCUCAUGGAAGCAUUUCUAUCUCUAUUCUUUGAUGAAACUGAAAAGCCAUUCUUUGUUGUA